AUGGCUCGGAUCUCGUGUUCAGACGUGUUCGCGGUAACCGGACGCGAUCAGAUCGACGCACACGCGACACAGUGCGCGGUCUCGACACGACUGCCGGCCCCGCCGCCCCGCCGCCGCCGGUGCAUCGCGCCCCGCCCCGCCCCGCGCCCCGCCGCGCAACGCGGCUGCAUUUAUUGCAGUGCCAAUGCAAAAAAAUAUGUUUUAAAAAAGCUGGGUAUGCGAUCUAAUGAAGAGUUAUGGUGGCAGAAUUACAGAAGAAAACGGUUGAACCAUGAAACUGUCAGCACUGAAUUGAUCUUACGAAAGAGUUUUGUGGAAAUGCUUAGAGAGUACACUAGCCACUCCUCUAUAGCUGGGGUUAAGAAAAUUACUGAUAGUAACAUACAAAAAAUAUUGAGAAUGAUGUGGUCUUCAAUAUUAUGCGCUAUGUUCGGUAUAACUUGUUACUUCAUACAUUACACAUGGUCAGAUACAUUAUCCAAACCCUUCAUAGUGACCAUGGAAUCAACCACAUAUCCGAUAUCCAAUAUUAACUUUCCGGCGAUCGCUUUAUGCAAUUCCAACAGAAUAAGCAGAAAGUCACUUAAAGCCAUCGUGAGUAACAUUAAUACACACCACAACUAUACAUCAAAGGAACUACAAUGGUUUUAUAUGCAACACGGCCGCUUUUUAGAUUUUACGUGGAAUGAGAGGCUACGGACGCUGGCAGCAGUGGAGUAUUAUAAUUCUCAAUACUAUAAGAACAGCCAACAAAUCGUUAGCGUCAUGAAGAAGCUCGCACCCAACUGUGAUGAGAUGCUGCUAAGCUGCAUGUGGGGUGGUGAUAUUGUGAACUGCAGUGACAUAUUCAGUGUGCGACGCACCGUCCGCGGACAUUGCUGUGUUUUUAAUUAUGUUUUGGACUACAAUUCGGCGGACAGUCCAAAUCAGACAAUUGCAGACGUAAAGAAACAGAAUCAGGCUGGAUAUUACAAUGGACUGAAUGUUUUUCUGGAUCCAAUUGCUGAGGACUAUGUUUACCCUUUAAACAAUAUUAAAGGUUUUGAUGUGCUGGUAUUUGAUUCUACACACUUCGCCGAUCCCACUGGUGGGGGUGUAAUACAUCGUGUAUUAGAAAUAAACAAAGCGAUUUAUGUUGAACUUCAGUCAGUUAAGCAAAUAGCCACUACGGAAGUCCGGAAAUAUUCAACUCAGACGAGAAACUGUUUAUUCCGUGAUGAAGAAAAGAGCUUCGGAAAUAUGUAUUCAUACAGCGCUUGUAUUAUAAGAUGCAAAAUAAAAACAGUUAAGUCAUUAUGUAAAUGUACACCAUACUUUCUGCCUAUUACUGAAAAUGAUGGUCCAGUAUGCAAUCUUGAACAUCUGAGAUGCUUGAAUAAAUAUAAAGAGAAACUUUUAUAUAUAUUUCCUAUAAAUGUUCUGAACACAAUUGGAUUGGAAUUAGAAAUCCAAGAUUCCCUCUAUUGUCCGGAGUGCUUACCAGAUUGCGAGUUCACGCAGCACUUCACGAGAGUGUCUAAAAUACCUCUUAAAAUUGAUAAUGAGCAUGCACAGAAGCAGUUUAAAGGAAUUCAAUUUAGUGGCCUUAAAGGUAUCAAUUUAUCUAAUAAAUGCUUUUUAAGUAUUUACCAAUCUACACCUGAUGGGAACUUGGAUCGUUUGGAUGUAGUAUCAUAUUGGUUUGAAGUCCUUAGCACAUUUGGCGGUUUUGCCGGCGUCGUCAUUGGAUUUUCUAUAAUUAGCAUUGUGGAAUUAAUUUACUUUUUUUGCAUUAGAUUCUUUCAAAUAUUCCAUGCAAAUUUAAAAAAUUAUUAA